AUCUUUGUUUUUUACAGUGUUAUUGCAUGCAAGUUAAACCUGAGAAAGACAUGAGAAAGCUUGGCUGCAAUUCUGGGUGUUCUGAUACACACAAUGCUGCUUGUGGCGGGAACAAUUUCACGUCAGUGUACAGAAUACUACCUCACAACGACUCCAGACAUAUUCCUGAAAAACAAGAGUACAGCAAAAGCUGCCUGAUAGUACAUAUCAACAGCGAAACAAAUAUUACGAGAGUGUAUGAAUGGAAAUGGUGUUCCGUCAAUAUAUGGGUAUUUUGUACGUCUGAUUCAGACCAGUCAGUCACAGUACAUCAAGAAAAGAACAUUUGGAGGGAUGCAGCGACACUGUGUUUUCGAACACAUGGUUAUCCAACUGGAUAUAAAGACGUUCGGAACGUGACUUACGUGGGCAUAUACGGCUGGACAGGGGUCGUUCGGAGUGACGUUAUUUACAAAGAUACUGAUUUAGAAUACUCGAAAAAUUCUUUAGACAUCAGUUAUGGGUAUUUGAAAUAUGAUAGUUCCGUCGGAUAUGUUUUAAACUUUUCAAAAGAAGACACAAGAAACUAUAUUCUCUGCAAUGAUAGGUAUGAAGGAAAAGAAACAACACAAUUGACAACUAUCGCUAGUGAUGAUCAUUCUCCGCCUACAAAACAUACUCAAGUAACCACAAUGACAACAGAACGACUAUCAUCGACACAUUUGACAAACAAACCAAACACAUCUGUUUCGUUGGCUGAUGAGGUUAGAAAGUCACAUAAUGACUCAUCGACCAAAGAUACUGACAUACCUGUCAUUGUAGGCGUAUCAGUUUCAGCUACCCUGGCUGUCGUUAUAAUGGUGAUCAUUCUGAUCCUAGUCCAACGGAAGAAAAUACUUUGUUGCACUGAAGGAAAGCAGUUAACUGAGGUGGCUGAUCAAAAAACUUCAAAGACUAAAAAUCCUAUUUCACACGUAAACAAUUCAUACGAGCUUGUUGAUGCUGAAUAUAUAGAUACAGCUAUCAAAACAACAUCUGAUUUGUGUGAUGACACUUACAACAUGCCCGAACAAGAAGCAGAUGAAGUAAACACGAACGAAACAACAUACGACAUCGCUGGUACCGACAGACAAACAUUUAAGCAGGAACACGACAAUAUAUAUAAUAAACUUCAAUCUGAAAGCAGUCCCAUCUACGAUCACACCAAUGAUAAAUCUAAAACUGGAAUUCAAGCGUCUGAUCAUACAUACAACACAACGAACGAUAUAUCAGUGAAUUCUGGAUUUAAACUUGGCGGCAAUCAUGCAGUUGGUAUGAAUACGAUUGAGGAAAGCCCUUACAAUCACACUAACUCUGAUCUGUUUGAACGAAAACAAGUGGACAAUGUCUACAACACUGCUAGCUUUCAGUAAAAUGUUGAAAGGAAAGGAACACGCACAAUUCAUUUUAUAAGCUAAUAUAGAAGACAUAUGAAAGAUAGUGUAUUAUUAUUAUAAGACACUACGCCGUACGUGAGAACGGAAAGUUAUGUUGGCAUAUAUUUUAUCUUUUUGUAAAACAAAUUACUUCUAAGGUUAUGAAGCCGCUCUAACGCUACUAGUAUAUCGAGGAAUGUUCGAGGAAUGUUUGUAGAAAAUAUUCUUUAUUCUGUGUGCCCUUUGUGUGCCAUUGAUUGUGACAUAUUCCGUAGCAGGUACUCUAAUGAACGCUUGAUGAAUAACCAUUUGUUUUUGUUUUCUCCGAUCUUCUAUGACCAGUAUUGACAUUCUCAAAUAAUUAUUAAAGUUUUAGAAGGAAAACAAAAAGCAGAAACAAACGAAUCAAUUAAGAUUGGCUGUACUGAUUCAACAGGUGUCUUUACUAUUUUUUGUAUAAAUUAAUAGACUGUUCAAUUGUGAGUAUUGAGAAACACAAGUCUUCUUGAUACUUUAAAUAGCUAAUCAGAGCACAACGUGCUUAAGUUGAGCUAUUAUCACCACUCAUCGCCAAUCAUCCGGCACCUGUCCGUACGGACUCGAGUGACAUUAUGGGAUGAAUAUUCGUGUUCAUCUAGUACAGCCUUGUGGGGAAAAGUUUGCUGACUGAUGGGGUGAAAAUAAAUUGCUUAUGGGAUUUCAGAGAUCAAGGAAAUUACCCCAUAAUGUCAACUCAAGGAGAACGUCCGUCCGUCAACACUUCUCUUUAAUCAACAUCUCCUCCUUAACCACCUGGUCAAUAAUACCAAAACUUUCUAGGAUUCGUUGUAUACUCUUUUUUUUGAAAAGAAAUUGGCUAUUACACAUUAAACGUCUAUUCCUGAAGAAUUGUUUAUUUGUUUAACAUCUUAUCUUAAAUCAAUACAUGUAAUGAUAUAGACUGCUUAUUUUACACUCAGACGAUGAUUGAUAUUUUCAGUCUAUUUCAACAUUUCAUACAUUAUAUGAUAACGAUAACGAAAAACAUACCCACAGAUUUCAACAACAUAUGCUUUAUAGAUACUAUAAAAUCAAAAUGUUA